AUGGAUUCUGCAACGGGUUCAUUCCUACGAGCGACAUUACAUCGAAAAUUGGUGUUUAGUAUCAAGCCCAAUGGAUCGUGUCUCUUUUAUUUUGAACAAGGAAAAUCUCAUCAUUGGGGACUACGAUCAGUUAUGACACAGCGAUAUAUUGGACAAAAUCUCGUGCAAAAUCUCGUAGUCGCGAGCAAGAAAUUACAUGCUUGGGAAGCUUUUCGAGUACUACAAAGACCUCAAGAUCAUGGACUUGGAGCGUGCAGUCCUCAAGUGUAUUUCAUUUUAGGGGCUUCACGAUUUGGAAAAGGCAUGUGGCUUGCAAAUAAAUCGGGAUCCAUGAGCUUUGGACAUUCGGCCAAAAUGUCAACAAAAACGCGAAACAACAACUUGAAUCAGGAGAUUGAGAGUGAGAAAUCGCAUGUUGAAAGUAAUUAUCCAAGCAAACGUGGAACAUCUCGACAGCGUGGAUUGUUCUUGUCAAAGCAAUUUGAUCAUGCUAUUGGAUUUGUCUACAGCUCAGAUUUAUCGGCCUUAAUGGCAAUUGCAGCAAGUGUGAGGUCACAAUUGGACUCUUCGUUGGCUUCACGUACUAAUGCAAAAGCUGAGGCAGCACCUCAUUUCAUUGGAACGUCACAGCAAUUAAAAGGUGGUAUGUUUCAGACCCCAAUACUUGCGAGGUGGGAUCUUGGUGAUGUACGACUACCGUGGCUUGAAACUAGUGCAAAUCCAGAUUUUAAGCGGACACCUUCAUUCCUACAAAUACCAGAAAAAGAGAUGACAGAAUUGACGACGACGACUAUUCGUGGAUCAAGUGUGAAUGGAUUCCUUGAGAUGAUAGUUCCGCGCGCAAUACGGACGAAGUGCAAGAUCGAUCAGUCGCGGUUGACACAGUCGGCACCAGUUGGAAGCUCUGCAACAUCUUCACCGAAAGCGAGAGGAGAAAAAUACGAUAGUGUUGACUUACUUUGCGAUUGGCAUGCGCAUCCGCACUUUGGACUGGUACGCGCACUCAGCCACUGCUCAGAUAGUGGUGUUCUAUCCAGCUCAGUGUGCAGUAGUAGGGGAACUACAAAAUGCGAAGCACCCAACCGUGUGAAAGCAGUGACCAUUGAGCAGUAUCACUCUUGCACAGUUGACGAUGACUUAUCGGAUGGUGAUGGAGAAAAUAAGAUACAGGUGUUGCACAAGGCUACGCUUCGAUUCAAGAUGUACGCUCUCAGUAUUCCUUACAGCAACUGUUUUUCGAUUGAGGUAGUCGUGGAUGUCGAGGAUGUUCCAGUCAGUCCGGAUGAUGGAAUUGAACGAAGCAGUUCCGCGGGUGGCGAUACAACCUCGACUGGUACCUUCGACAAAAAGAUUGAUGGUAAAUUAGCUGAAGGUUAUCGGCACAACCCGGCCAUGAAAAUGCGUUGGCGUGCAGGCGUGAUGUUCUCACGGAACACUAUGUUUAAGGCACAAAUUGAACAUGGAGCUCUUGACGGGGUUCGCAAUGCUUGUGCGUCAGUACUGAAACACCUACGAGACGAGAAUAUGAGACUGCAAACCACUUCACCUUUUGCGCGACGACGAUCGUUUAUUGACACCGACGGUCCGAGUGGUUUUAUGAAUGCCGACACUGCCUCCGCAUUAGCCGCAAAUGGUUCCAUGAAGUCAUUAUCUUGUCGAGGAAAGUUUAGUAUGAAGCCAGAUUUGACAUUCUUGCCACAAGCUUUUACAAUUGAAAUUGGGAAAGGACUUUUGUCUGCUAUCAAUGGUGCACAUCUGGUUUCGGACAAUCAUAGUACGUUGCCUGCCUGGCUUCCAUGGAGGCCAUUUAGUGGCGAACAAUCGUCAUCAUUUGGUCUGGUACCUCGGCACGCAGUAACAGCUGCAACUGCUACUCCUUUUUUCGAGAGUGUACCAGAAGAAUUUACGCAAGUGCUUGAAGUAAACAUGGGCAGCAAGGUGACAGCAUCGCUGUUUUUUGAGGCAUUGUUAUCGGACUCUUGUUCAUUUUUCCGCUCUGCUCACGCUGAUAGUGGCACCAUGGAAGUAGACAUCAGCACUUGGCACGCGAUGUUAUCGCCUGGAAAGUCUCGCGAACGAACGGAUGGAAAUAUUCGCAAACAGGUAUUUCGAAUGCUUCUUAACAGAGUUCCUGGAGUUGAUAUUGCUCAAGUUGAGGAUUUCCAGUACUAUGCGCUCAUAAAAGCUCGAACUCAAGACCAAAUGAUGUCCGGUACAGGCCACGGAGAAACUGAUAGCAAUCGAAGUGUGAAACGAGGAAGCUUUAUACAGUGUGUUGGCGGGUCUCAAAUGUCGAUGGGUCGAGAUCAUAAGUGCUCACUUUUUGGUUUGGUGAAGGAUACGAAGGUUUAUGAAAUAACGCCUGGUAGUUUAAACUCUCAACGCCUUGAAUUUGGCAUGAAGGUUUAUGUACCUGCGUUGCUUGAGGGGUCUCAGUUCUCGAUUGAAGUCUUGGUAAUUGUGGAACCUGGUGAUGACAAUACUGUUGGCCACUUCCUUCGCGUGUUCUUCGCAUUACCUCUGCGACACGGGCAAUCCGAGACGCGUGAGCACGCUGUUAUCAAUCCGCAUGUUGUGGCAGGCGUUUUGUGCGGUCUGAAGCAGAUUUGGAAGCAGGUGGCACAAACAAUGAUGGAAAUAUGCGAGACUAUUGUGCCACCUCAUGGACAUCAGUCGCUUAGUGAAAUGGCUCAAGGAUUCAAGGACCUAGACAUGUAUUUGUUGCAACAGUCGAGAAUUAAUCCGAAUCUGCCAACGCAUGAUGAACUGACCUCACAGCUGAUUGAAGCAAUUGCAGCAGCGUACGAAUGA